CUGAGCGAUACCAUAAUGUAAAUAGAACAUAGGAAUGCUAAUAAAGAAUGAAGUGAACAUUGCUUUCAGUUAAUAAUCAUUGUGAACACAAUAUUUAUACUCCACAUAUUGUGUUUUCUCAUGCAGUGGUCUUUAAACCAGAGAGAUAAUAGCUGUUGAUCUAAGAGUUAUUAUACUUUAAUUAGGAAUGAUUCUUCUCUAGAGCUUUUACUUGUCUUUGUUCUAAGAGCCAAAGUUGUUGAACUUUUUAGUCAAGACAGAAACCAGUUGUCAAAGUUGAGAAAGAAAAAUGGAAAGAGAAAAAUAAUGCCUUUUACUCUUAGUUCUCUUUUUUUUCUUGCAAUAUUGGUAGAGAAUAUUCAUGGAAAAUACUUAGGCUUUUUAUUUAUUUUCCUGGAAAUAUAAGACAGGUGCCUUGUUUUUUGUUACAGUAAAAUAAUAUACUCUUAUGUAGCUAUGACACUUCAUUUUGUGGCUUGUUACUGUUAAACAGUGCCAGGAUUCUGAUGGCAGUCAUGUAGGCUAAAUAGUUAUAUCUGAAAUUUUUUUAUUGCUAAAUAAUUCAUGGUCCUUCUCCUUUUUAUUUGCCCCCUUUUAGACUGACUAUUUGAGAGUUCUGAGUAGCCGUGUGAAGGCUGCUCCUGUUUUACUCAAAGUGUGGUAUUCGCAUUCUCUGAACAAAGAGAGAUUUAAUUCUCUCUCCCAGGACUUUUCCUGGGGAAGGCAGUGAGAAACCUCAGAGAAGAAGAGAAAACAAUUCUUAUCUCUACUUGCUGCUCCUGUUUGGAACAUGUGGAAUGUGUCGUGGAGAUGGUUUGCCAGAAGUGAUUUGUGAGCUGGACACCAGCGAGGGUUGUUUGGACUGAUUGGCCAAUUGGGUCAAAGCUGUGUUGUGACUGUCUGCAGAGAGUCAUGUGUUUUUCUUUAGUAGUAUUUGGUAUCUCUUUAGUGUAGUUUUAAUAUGGUAUUAGUGUAAUAUAGUACAGCUUAAUAAAGCUUAAUAAAGGAUUUGUUCAGCCUUCUGGAAUCAUGGAGUCAGAGCACAUCAUUCCCCGGAUGGGGAUCGCUCAUCUACGACACAAAGCGCGGAUUUUUACACCUUGUCGAGCUGGCAUCUCUUGCUGACGCCCAAUUCUUGCCCUUCUACAGAGGAGCUCAAGGAGAAGCUGCAGCAGUAUGUUGAUGAGGUGAAUGCCCACGAGCCAGGUUUCAUCAAGGCUGUCCGGCACAGCAGGCAGGAGGGGCUGAUCCGCUCCCGAGUCAGCGGCUGGAGAGCAGCCACAGCGCCGGUCGUCGCUCUCUUCGAUGCCCACGUGGAAUUCAACGUGGGUUGGUGUGUGCCCCUUCCAUUCUCUCACCCAGGGACCUUUGCCAAGCACUGGUGGUAAAUUACUGACUGGCAUUUAGAGGGGCUGAACCAGUGCUCACCAGGAUAAAAGAAAACAGAAAAAGAGUAAUUUCUCCAUCAUUCGAUAACAUUAAGUAUGAUAAUUUUGAAAUAGAGGAGUAUCCCCUCUCAGCACAAGGCUUUGACUGGGAGCUGUGGUGCAGGUAUCUGAACCCUCCUAAGUCCUGGUGGAAACUGGAGAACACAACUGCUCCAAUAAGAAGUCCUGCACUGCUUGGAUGCUUCAUAGUGGACAGAGAAUACUUCCAAGAGAUUGGAUUGCUGGAUGAAGGCAUGGAAGUAUAUGGAGGAGAGAAUGUGGAGCUUGGAAUCAGGAAUGUUCAUUACACGAGCAGUCAGCAGCUCCACGUGGGUGUUCUGAGCCCCACCAUCGACGACGAUGACAACAGAUGCCUGGUGGAUGUCAGCAGCAGGCCCAGGCUCAUGGAAUGCAAUUAUGCCAAAGCCAAGAGAAUGAAGCUUUACUGGCAAUUUACUCAGGGAGGUCCUAUCCAGAACCGAAAAUCCAAGCGCUGCCUGGAAUUGCAGGAGAACAAUGAAAAUGAAUUUGGAUUUCAAGUGGUCCUUCAGAAGUGCACUGGACAACGCUGGUCCAUAACAAAUGUCCUGAGAAGCUUGUCAUUAUAGCAGACUAAAUUUUGUACCCAUUUCUUUUGCUACUGUGUAGCAAGUACUGCAUUGUCGCCUGCUGUACUGUAUCCCUCCCGCUCCCCGUCCCCCCAGCUCCUUCUCUCCCCUUUUUGUCUCUGAUUUGAUUUUGUGAGUGUGUGGAAAUAGGGUUUGUGGGCUGGAAAUAAGAAGUUUUUAUUUCACCAUGAUGUUUUCACGACAUUUAUAGAGAUGCUGAAUGACAGGUGACGGGUAGGCUAUCCUAAAAUAUUUUACAACUGUAACUAUUAAGCAAAUGGAGAAUAUUUAUAUCUCAAACUUUUAUUGAAUAAAAAAGCCCAAACACUA